AUGAAAGGUCAUAUUUAUGAAAGUCAUAGUUUAUCUAGUGAAGAACUUAGAGAAGCUGAACUUUUGUGGCUGUAUCAUAUUCAGAGGAAACAUUACAAAGAAGUCCAUCAAUCAAUAGUAGACAAAAAGCCAAAUAAUUUGGCAAGGCAGUUUGACAUUUUCAUUGAUGAAAGUGGAUUAUUAAGAUGCGGAGGACGUCUUGAACACGCUACCUUUUCUGAGGCAGCGAGACACCCAAUAUUGCUCCCAAGAAAAGAGAAAUUAACCCACCUCUUAAUUGACAGUGUGCACAGACAAUUGUUACACACAGGUGUUUCUCAAACAUUAAGUGAACUAAGACAUAGAUUCUGGAUUCCAAAAGGCAGAGCAACGGUGUCUACAGUCCUUAAGUCUUGUCAGAUAUGCAAACGUGUUGACUGUCGUCCAUACAAAUUACCACCAAUGGCAUCUUUACCAAAAUCACGUGUAUCAGAAUCUAUUCCAUUCUCCAAUGUUGGAUUAGAUUAUCUAGGGCCAUUGUAUGUGAAAGAAGGAAAUAACUCAAAAAAGAUAUGGGUUUGUCUGUUCACUUGUUUGACAACACGAGCCGUCCAUCUAGAGGUAGUUUCCGAUAUGACUGCUGGUGCAUUUCUUUUGUGUCUUCGGAGAUUCAUAGCAACAAGAGGAACUCCAAAGGAAAUUAUUAGCGAUAACGCUAAACAGUUCAAGUUGUCUAGUGAUACAAUCAAAUUAAUUUGGGGAAAUAUGUUACAAGAGGAUGAUGUUCAAUGUUAUGUGUCGGGGCAAGAUAUAAAAUGGACAUUUAUUGUCGAAUUAGCACCAUGGAUGGGUGGUUUUUAUGAAAGAUUAGUCGGAAUUGUCAAGCAAGCAUUACGAAAAUCUCUCGGCAGAAAGCUAUUGAUAAUGGAUCAAAUGAACACUGUGAUAAAGGAAGUGGAGUCUGUAAUUAACAGGAGACCAUUGGUAUAUGUUGGCGAAGAUAUUAAGUCUUCAAUUGCUCUGACACCGUGCCACUUUUUGAGUUUAAAUCCAAAAACUGGAAUCCCGGAGCUCGACUAUGAUACAAAGGAUCCCGAAUUUAAACCAUAUGAAAGCACUGCUGAAAAAUUAUUGCAAAUUUGGAAAAAAGGGGAACAACUUUUGAAUAGAUUUUGGGUAUUAUGGCGAGAUGAGUAUUUGCUUAGUUUACGAGAACGAUCACAAAACAAAAUCAAAUCAUCAAGAAUCCAGUCUCAUGAAACACCAAGUGUAGGAGAUGUAGUUAUAGUAAAGGAUAACUUACCUCGUGGUCAGUGGAAACUUGGGAAAGUGAUAAAGCUCCAUACAAGCCGAGACGGUCAAAUUAGAUCUGCUCAGUUAAAGGUAUCGAACGGACAAAUUCUGAGAAGACCGCUUAAUUUGCUCUAUCCGAUAGAGAUAUCAGGCAGUGACACAAUGUUACAAAAUAGUGUAAAUCAUGAUAAAAUUGUUACAAAUGAUGCUAGAGAAGAAAGGCCUAAACGAAGAGCUGCAGAAAAAGCGAAAGAACUUUUAAGAAGAAUUUAA